UCACGUAAACAAAUAUUGUUCGUGAUAUUUUCUACUGCUUUUUUAAUUUUCUGCGUUUGACAAAAAUAGUGUUCAAUCAGUUGCUUGGAAACUGUUCAAACCGUAACCUCCGAAAGAGUUCCUUGCACCCGGCGUGAAAAUGGAUCUUCUCUACACGACCCACCGUAAAGUGAACACCGGCAGCUUCAGCUUCAGCGAAGCGCAACAACACUUUGAGUUUCUCUGCAACCCCUCUUCCUGUAAUGUGCUUGCCUUCACUACGACCAACGAGCUAACGGAACCAUCCCCCAUCCAGGGUUGGGGUUUCCAUAUUUACGUGGUGGACUUGAAUACCCCAUGGUUCCCGUACCGGGUAACUUCGAACAAGUAUCCCAUUUCAGUUCUACAGUGGGACGUCCUCGGGAGAUACCUGUUGGUAGGGGAUCGUAAUGGAUAUGUGCAAAUUUUCGUUCAGAAGGACAAUUUGCUGUCUGAAUGGAAAGCCGUGUACAAUGUGAAGUUCCCCGGGGAGAACAUUAUUGCCGCGUCGUUCUUCCACAACGGCAGGAAACUAAACCUUCAAACGGAUAAGAAGGAUCAGUAUUUAUAUUUGGAAAAGUUCCAGAAGAUGAAGUUUGCGGCCAGUGUGAGACAAUUCGGAGGGGUUCCGGUGGACGGAGUGCUAAUCGUGUCGGCCACUGGCAUGCUGGGGGCUUUUGUCAUUCCAUCAGAGUCCAAUGCCAAUAUUCAAAAAAUGCAAGAACCAGUCUUGCUGGUACCGGUCACGGAAAGCUUGGCGGUUACGAGGAACUUCUAUACGACUGCCGAUAUUUGCUAUGGGAAAAGUGGUAACUUCAUGAUAGUAGUCGGAAACGGGGACACAAAGUCCUCCAACUCAAGCAUGAUUCAAUGCUUCCGGGUUGCAGUCAAGAAGAGUGAUGAUUCUCUGGAAAUUAACAGUUCGGCUCUUCCUAGCUUCUUUCUGGCGGAAGGUUUGGGUAAAGACUUGAAGGAUCUGCGCCUAGCGCAUGUCCAGUGGGUAUUCAAUGAGGACGCCGAUUCGUUGAUUGUUGCUUCCAAUCAUACCGGUGGGGGGUGUUUCGUUGAGCAGUGGGAAUUAACGGAAGAAGCUACACCGAUUCACAAGCUGUUCCAGAGCAACAAGAGUGAGUCUUUCAAAACGCUACUCUGGGUUAGCAAAAGCCAGUAUAUGUACAACACGAAAGUGGUGAAAGUUUGCACGACUAAACUGAACUUUUUAAGUUGUUCGUUCGUUUAUCUGGCGAUGAGCGACAACAGUAUCCACUGCUUGCAGCGAGACACCUUUAAACGAUUGACUUGCGCAAACAUUGUGUCGAUUCGUGAUCCGAAUGAUCACUCCAGCAAGCAGAUAAGAUUGGGAGUCAAAAUAGGCGCCAUCGACGUGACCCACUUGGGUCACUUGUUCGUAGCACUAGAUACCUUUGGUCAGCUGUACGUCUAUCGGUGUAAUUUCAUGUGUCAGGAUCAGCUUGGGACACCAGCACUGAUCGUGCAAAAUGUUAACCUGUUGGAGUAUUGUUUGGUCACUGGUCUGGAUUCGCUGGAUAUUCUACUGACACUAAAAACGCAAAUCUUAGAAAACGUUCUCGAAAGACUUACGGAGAACUUCCACCGGCAACCGCCCAAUGUUCAACAGUAUUAUUACGUAAACUUCCUUACGAUGAAGAUUGCUCUAUACAGGCUGUCAAUCUCCGGACAGCAGAAGGCUCACGAUCUGUCCAAUUUACUGAUUCUACAUUCAAUUCUGAUAGCGUUCAAGAGUUUAUUGCGUCCUUCUGAUUUGACCCCGCACGACAAGGGACCUGCCGAAAAUCUAGCCAUGGUCCUUUCGGAAUCGGUUCCAGACGUGGACAAGGUAUUGCUCAACGUAGAAGCAAAGGAAUUCACCAUGGAACGCUCAACACUUCAGAGUUUGCAACAACUGAUUCAGUGGGUUGCCGAUUUGGCUUUAAACAUUCUAGCCAAGCUACCGGAGAGCCGAUCUUUCAUGUCAAAUAAAUCUCAGGGAUACGACAUUAGCAAAGAUAUCAUUGCGCUAAAUAGCAUCCGCGAACUGCUGGUUAUGAUCCGCAUUUGGGGUUUGCUGAACCCACAAUGCUUACCCGUAUUCUCCCGAUCGGCGGACAAUUUGGACAUUCUAGGAACAUUGUUCAGGCUGCUGACCAAGCUGUCCCUCAAUCCAAACGAGCCAGACGAUCUGCUACUGGACGAAUGUUGCCUCCUUCCGAAUCAAGUCCUCAUUCCACAGCUGCAGUAUGUCCCAUCGAGAACCAUGAUUGCGUCUCCCUUGUUACCGCAUGUUAUCCUACCCGUCAUGUGCGACUAUGGAGUGGAGAACGAAUUUCUCAAAUUCUGCCCAGAGAUGCCAAUCGUUGAGGGUGGCCUCUCGAAUGAAAACGUUAUCGAUUCGGUGAUGUACCUGCAGCUCGGACGAAAGCCGCCCUCGCUGCGCCGGUGCACCCGCUGUGGAUCGUGUAGCAGUGUAGUUAGUGUGGCCAAGACGGCCGCCAUGAAGGCGUGGGAACAACGGUGGAUCGAUAAGUGCCGAUGCAACGGCUUCUGGCGGCUCGAAGUCGCCUAGAUCAACUCAGGACAAGCAUCACGGUGAUAUUCCACUACAUGACGAAAAGGAACAGGACAUUUGGCUUACGUGUGGCAACACCUACAAACUAGUAUAGCAAUGUUUAUUAUUGAUUUGACCUUUACAGACAGCAUCAAUCUUGAGACGUUUCACAAUACAAUCACGUAAAUGUAGAUUUUUAAUGGAAUAUUAUGUGUUAGUGUUUAUAGCUUGUAGGGUAUUGUAAUAACUAUUCAAUAAAACGUUUAUCGUAUUUGAUAUAGAAAACACUAAAA